CGCCGGAUAAACGGUGACAACGCCGGACGCCUUCUUCAUUUCCAUGUGCUCGAAUAGGGGAGGCUCCACACACAUCACCCGAUGCUUAACGGAAUCUUGGGUGAAUAUAAAUAUACGCAGGAUUUCGACUAUUGGAUUAUAAACCAUUCAGCACUUGUUCUGUGAACAUACAACGCCCAUAAACCUACACAGCGGGGAAAUUUGCCGAGGUCGAAUCAAAAAUUUUAAGAAGAAUAUUCUCCAAAAAGAAACAAAACAACAACAACAUGUUCUUAAAGUCUGUCAUUUGCUUAGUGGCCAUUGCCCAUUUGGCUGUAGGUAUUGAACUGAAAGCUGAACCCGACUAUGGACCAGUCGCCUAUGAGUUCCACUAUUCUGUGCACGAUCCUCACACUGGCGACAUCAAAAGCCAAAAGGAGAGCCGCAAAGAUGACAAAGUCGAGGGAUCGUAUGAACUGAUCGAUUCAGAUGGUCACCGCCGAUUGGUCACCUACAAGUCGGACGCUCACAGUGGCUUCGAAGCUGUUGUCAUCCGCGAGCCGACUAAUAUCAAGAUACCCGUACCGGAGCCCCACCACAAGAUCUUGACAGCUGCCAAAGUCAUUACCCCCAUUCAUCUCACUGGCAUUAAGCCUGCACCCUUGGUACAUUACGCCCCCAAGCCGGCACUCCUCAUCAAGCCCGUCGAAGGACAUGCUCCAUCACAUGGCAACUUUGUGUCAUUCUCCGGGCCAAAUCACAAAUACAAUUACUAGAAGAAUGGCGACUGACGAUGCUCCGUGACUAAUUUGCAAAUUGACGACAACCACAAUUCCGGCCUAACCCUCCAAACAGACCAUUACCAACCACUCUGUAUACCAUCGCAUCAUGUCCAAUCAUUUUCACAUCCACACACAUUCAGCCAUACUUACAAUUUAAUAACAGAUUUAAAAAAAAACAACUGAAAUCAAACGACAGUUAACUCUAAAGGGUACCACUACUUUCAUCCUUCCAUAUUUGAUAUCCGAAUCCUGUCAACAGACUACGCCAUCUGAUAGUCACUUCUUCCUUAUCUAACGUCAUGCAUUUAUAAACCUUCUUAUGAUUAUUUUGUAAUUUUAUUUUAGACAUUCAGGUAAACAACA